AUCCACAACAUGGAAUGAGCAAAGCGGAGCAAAGCAUGGUUUUUUCCGGUGUGUUUUAGACAAAUUUUGCGAAUAGUUUGAUGAUGGAUUACGUUAUGAAACUUUCAUCAUCUUGCAUUUUUAUGAGCAUACAAUACAGAAGCUGACUGUGGACUUAAUAACUUUUCUAUUCAUGUCAAUUUAUUGAAAAAUUAUAGUGUUGUAAAAAAAUUCUUUCAACCAACAUAAUUUCCACGAGAGGUCAAUAUAAAUAAUUCAGCCUAGGAAAAAUGUUUUCGUCCGUUGUUCGGGCUCUGGUCCCUCUGCCGCGGGCAAAUUUGUCCAAGAUUUCUCUUUUGGUUCGAAGACCAGCAAGUACAGGUGCAGGAGGCCCUGCUACUCCUCCUCUCUCGGCAUUGCAAAUAAAAAAGCGCAAAAGGAAGCCAUUGGAAGAAGAGGGCAAAAAGCUUCAACCAGGACACUUUUUCAUGAGCGCCAUUCCGACUGCUGAGGAGUACGAUUUACGAGCGCUGAGAAAUGCACUUUUGAAACAAGACUUGUACAAACCAACGUUUGUCGACGACGACGGUUCCGCUGAACCAGAGGUUCUCCACGCUACUGCUAAAUACGAAGUUGGUUCGGAGCCUCGAGACAUUUUCUUUUUUCGAGAAGGCUCCGUCGUUGUUUGGAACAUGAACGAGAUGGAAAGUCAAGCUCUGCUCUCUUUUCUGAAGCCGUUCGAAUUGAAAGGCCUUUCUGAAGACGUAGCCGUCGAAGAGACUGAGGCCAUGACCUAUAGUUACAGCGAAAACAGGAAGAGUGGGUUAGAUGGCGGCAACUUAGUUCUCAGGCAUGGAGGAGACAAUCUUGUACUUGAAAAAUUUACUGUCUCCAAUGCUGUUGCUCUUUCUGUAAAGCUAGGCUCGUGGGAGGCUGCUCUAGAAAAGUACAUCGACUCUAUUGAUUAUGUGACUGAGGAUUUGAAGGCUGGUCGGGCGAUCAGAAUGAGCCAGUCGGAAGUUUUGCGCAAAACUGGAGAACUCUUUGCCCUCCGCCAUCUGAUCAACCUCAGGUCAGACCUGCUAGACACUCCGGACUUCUACUGGGACCGAGAACAUCUAGAGCCGCUGUACCUGCGAAUGAUCGGCCACCUGAGCAUUUCCCGCCGAACCAGGGUGAUGAACGAGAGACUCAGCCAUUGCCUCGAGCUGGUUGAACUGCUUUCGGCCAAACUGAGUGACCAUCACCACGUCCGCCUCGAGUGGAUGAUCAUUGUUUUGAUCAUGGUGGAGGUGGCCUUUGAGUUCCUGCACUACUCGGACCGCAUCUUCAGCCCUGAGGAGGAACAGCAGCAGCAGCAGCAGGCCUGAAGGUAGGCACCAUUUUACGCAUCUUUCAACUUUGCGGAAAGGAUCAAGUGGAGUGACAAAAAUAAUAACUUCGGGGAAUUCAAUCUUACAACUAUUUAUUUUUGCCCAGCAGUCUACAUCGAAGGUUAUCGAGUGUGUUAAUAAUACAGAGAGUGUGGCCAAAGUGGUGGUUUGAGUGGUUCGGCCUUAAUAAGCGUUAAAAUAAAUUAAAAUCAAAAGGGCGAGUCGAUCAGAGGUCGGCCCCCAGUCUGGCGAUCUCGUCGAUAAAGAAGUCGACGUCUUGGUGGCUCACUCCAGAACUCUGCACCACCAGCCUGAAGAAGUUGGGGAGGUGCCGCAGAGGCUGGUACGUGACCAUCAUCGUUCCCUCGCGCAUCAUUCGCUCCUUGAUUUUCGGCGCCACCUGAAAAAUCCAUAAGUAAAGUUCCUCCGCAAAAGUGCAUUUCUCUCCAUUUAGACACUGUAAGUGUCAAAAUUAAAUUUUAUCGCAGUUGCAAAAUAAAAAGUUAAAACUUUAAA